AGGUCCAGUGUGCGUGGUGUCAAUUGCCGGUCCUUACAGAAAGGGAAAGUCGUACAUUUUAAGCGAAGCUUUUGAUCAACCGGACGUUUUUCCUCUUGGACAUGAAAUGGUUGCAGAGACCAUGGGGAUCUGGCUGUGGAUUGUACCGGAGAAAUAUAAGGUAAGCAACAAUCUUGCUUUUUACAGUAAAGAUACGAAGCCACAUGAAUUUACCCUGAUUCCAGCGUUUAGGAUGAAGAGAUCAAUACGAACAUUACAUUAGUAACGCAGUGUGUAUGGGUUCGAAUCACGCUGUAUGCUUGUUAUUUUCCUCACUUCACGAAAACUGAUUAGAUUUACACAAAUUUGCUCGGGGCAAAUAUGGUGCAAAGAAGUGCAAAUGAGGAGGAAAUCAAAGGCAAAGAUAGUAGAUACCGCACUUUCAGAGCGGUUUACAUGGGGUUGUAAAAUUGUUGAGCAAAUGCGAUAUUGACCAUCUUUCCCGUUGUUUAACCUUAGUUUGUACUUUUUUGCAUCAUAUUUACACUAAGUAAAUUUGGUGUAAAUCAAAUUUUUCAUUUACUUUUUUUUGCAUUAGUUUCAUAGACAACCACUUUUAAGGAGCAUUAUGGCACGGAUUAUCUAUCGCUGUCGUCUCUUGAAAAGACCAUAAAAUGAGCAAUUGCCGGUAAAUUUAGAAAACCGUUAACAACCGAAAAAUUUAUGGGAUGUUACUAUACUGUGUUGAAAGGAAAACCUUCUUUUUGUCGCUAUGAAAAAUUGCAGCCGUAAACAGCAACUAUAAUUAGUUUGUGGUAUUAAACGUUUGUCCACGUAUCCUAAAUGUUAUUGUAACUACACAAUCAACAUUCCCCCUUAAUUAUUUCAGGAGUUCACGGUUUUGACGGUUUUCUGAGUUGGCCGGCAGUACAACGUAUUAACUUAUUGUCGACGAAAAAAUCUUUCGUACUUAACUGAGGCUUAACUUCCAGGAUUCUAGAGGCCAAGAAUUCACAGUGGUGCUACUGGAUUCAGAAGGGAUCGAUGCUGCUUCCAGUGUUGGUUACGAUGAUAAUCAAAUAAUCACUUUGACGGUUCUGCUAGCUUCCGUGCUUAUUUACAACUCACAAGGUGUCCCCAUGAGGCGUGAUCUCGAAGGACUAGAGUAUCCUUUACUUACCCUCCUUUACCCUUAUUCUCUCUCUUAUUGCGCUUUGAGCAAUUUCUUGCUUUGUUAAUUGUUUGUUUGCUUCUGCUUUCUUAGGAGGAGACAAAAGUACUAAAAAGGGUGGAGCUCUCAUACAAGGACAUUUAACUGUGGCUUUAUUUUAUUUCAUGAUACCUCUCUUAUUCGGAAAGAUGAGUGUAUAUUUCAUUGGGUGGUUGAGAGAGUGGCAGAUUGAGAGACGUUUAAAACACAUUUGAUACGGUAGUGAGAAAAUACCUAUUCACCUUAAAAAAUUAACUCUAAUGCAUAAUUUUCCAUAACACAUACUAGUUUUAUAGCAAAGCUCUCUCAAAGAAUCCAAGUUAGGUCAAACCAAGGGGAUGGUGUCAAACAAAAGGACACAGAGUUAUUUCACCGAACGUUCCCUUACUUCCUAUGGCUGGUGGGAGAUGUAACGCAAGCUGUUCCACGUGAUUGCAAGGAUUUGAAAGACUACCUCUUAAAAAAGGUUAGACAAAAAUGCAAGAACUUUGCAUCAAGAAACGCAGUUGUUGUAAAGUGGUUGGAAAUGUGUGUUAAUUACCGAUCUGAUGUAUUGUUUCCCAGGGCUCAGUUCCUCAAAACAUGGUUAAGUUUAACUCAGGGUACGCCAAAUUUUAACUGGGCUAGGCUUUAAGAACGGAUGUCAGUAAAUAUCGACCUGAGGUCUAUAAAAGUGCAAAAACGAAAAUUCUCAAAAAAAUUUACAAAGUAGCACUAGGUAAGCUAUUAACAUAGAUGUAAUUUUUGCUUCGAUCCGAUAAUUAUUUUCGACGUACGGGGGGUUAUUGGUUUCGCGGCUCUCGGACCGGGUUUUACAGGCCCGAGAGCAUGUGUCAGAAAAAAGUCGUUUUAAAAUUCAAAUCCAUUGUAAUGCGGACAACAAAUAACUUAUUCAGAAAAGUACAUAAUUAUACACAUUUUAAGUGGUGAUUUACUCAGUUUGAACGAAAAUGUAAUAUUUUGGAGAUUUUUCAUUAUUUUUAAUAUUUUGAAUGACGUUUUCGUUCGAUAAAAAAUGGCAAAUUUCAAAGCCCAAAAUCGUCGACUGGUACCUCGAUUUCAGUAAAGAGUCUUGUACCACGUUAAAGAGCGUUAUCUCUUCUUUCAAAUCUGUUUUCAAAACUAUGGGCAACUUAAAAGAAAAUUUUUGAGGCCGAAAAAUACAAGUAGUACUUUUCUGAAAUUUGAGCUUUCCAGACUCAGCGGGCCGAUGCUAAAAACUCGGAAAAAUACAAUAAGAAAUCAGUUUGAGCAACAGCGGUUUAACGUUAUCAGCUAUCAGAAACCACCACGUGUUUAUACAGCGAUCUGAUAAAAUUUAAAGCCGUUUUCAGACAAGAAAAGCAGAGUUUAGCCAUCGUCUGCUACCAAACGCAUGAGUCACGUAAGGUUGUCAAAGGGCAAAGCACAAUAAUAAACUUCAAAAAGCACAACGUUUUUGCGUCCAGGAAUUAGACUUUAGCGGACAAAACAAUGCCUACGAGUGUAUGUUUCAUACCUCAGCAUGGGUUUCCUAGAUAAUGGAAAUAAAAAACAUUAAGGACAGCAUCGGCAAGAGCAUCGGCGGCUGCUUCGGCUGCUCUCAAACGACGGAGAUUGCGUUACUUUUCACAGAUUGACCGCUUACCACCGGUUUUUGAGCUCGCAUUUCGACGGAACGCUUACCUCGUGUGGCGUGCGGCACGGAUCUGAACUGUUCUUCACGAGACAUUGAACUGAAUUUAUCGGAAAUAUGCCACCACCAACAACAACACGAGCUUUAGUCGGGUUUUUGUGGUUUUUUCUACGAAAAGUUCGGGUAAGCAGAUUCACGCAAAAACCAUUUGUGUUUAAAAGCCCACCCUGGAUUUGAAGCAAAAAGUAUUUCCUCGAAAUUAGCUAAAAACUACCCAAUUCACGCAUUGAAUAAAUGGAUGGUUAUCGAAGGAUUAUCGAAUUCUUUCCAAACCUGAGGGAUUUCCCAAUUUCCCGAUAUGUAGGAUUAGGGGUAGGAUGGACCCGAACUACGAAAAGGGACACCUUCUACUACGUUUCAAAAGUGUCACUAGUUUAGGCAAGCAUGCACGUGUCUUACGUAGGACGUGAACCUCCCGUACAAUUAUCACGUUUCAUUCAGUGAAGUAAGACGCUACUUAACUAUAACGCGCCCUACGGUAAGAAGAGCUUCUAACACCUGUCCAUAGAUAAUACGCUAGCUGAGACGUAGAAAACUUGAAUAAAUGACCUUUGGCGUCAAUUAACGGUGUGAGCGCUUAGAACCGCGCAUGUGCCAUUGUUUACGACAGUACAGGUGUGGUCUUCUGUGCAACAUAUAUAAACAAACAAAAUUGAUUAAAAAAAACCUCCAACCCCCAUAAACUCCGUCAUUUUUGAAAAAAUUUUGUAAGGCUCUGAAAGUCCCGAAAAGAAAUCCGUAUUUUUGUAGCUAAGCAGAAGCCUUCCUUGUGUUUUUCGACUUGCCUUUAUCCUCGAUGAAUUCCUGCUCAUAACCAACUGGUCGUAACCUUCCUGGUCAUAACCUUCCUUCCUGGUCAUAACAAACUGUCUGUCAAUCUUCUUCUCCUGAUUUUCACAGUUCUUGUCAGUGUGUAGAAAAUAAAAUUGUGAUUUCUUUUAUUGCAGCAAAUAACAGUUUUCGUGGGUAGAAAUAAGACUCUCAUCAAACGUUUAACUUGAUGUAGCCUCUGUGGUAGAUCCUGUUAUGCUGGUGAACCUUUUCAAACACGCGCCAUGUUGGAUUAAUAGUAUUGUUACUGACAAUUUCACUCAAAAACGUGUCCUUUACCAGCCAGAAUAAAUUACGCGAACUAUUCAUACCAGCAAUUUAAUACAUGCUCUUAUUAAUGGUGUAUUUAGCGUCUUAUUCAAGAAGUGUUGACAAUCUGUUUUGUGUGUUAUCUCAGAGUCUUUUUUGAUUGUUUGUUUGUUUUAAUUUAUACCGUUUCGCAAAACGUUUUAAGGUUCAUUUCUGGCGACGUUUCUCGAAAGUCGUUUUUUUAGCACUGGCAAUACCACUGAGUUGAUAGUGUGUCUUUCCUUGCUGAAAAGGCCGAAAACUGAUAGUUUCUGUACAUAUAAAAUACGCCUUCCCUGGAUACCUUACAGCGCCGAGGAGCUUUUAUUUUCGUCAGCAGUUUUCUGAAUUACACAAACAUUAUACUGCCUACAGGAUUACUUGUUGUCAAAAGCCCAUAACCUGCCCCUGUCGCUGUGAAUUUCCUCAAGGCCGAAAAUUUCAGUAAGAACCGAAAACAACAGCUUAAAGGAGACACACACCUUGAAGUAGCCUGGGAAAAGGGGCCUUUAUGAUUGAGCUAAACUGUCAUUGAUGCAUCGUUCAAUUAGUUAUACCUGUUACUAUCCCCCGGGCAACCAAAGGAACAAGUCCAGCCAUUUGGGCCGGAGGGUGGAGAGUACUUUAGGGGGCGGGGCGAAUCGAAAAUAACUUCUCUUUGUUUUUGUGAAGUACGUUAUUUCUCGCACGGCUUACAAGGUGGCGGCGGACUCCGUAGCUGUGGAAAGGUCCAUGUGAAACAUGUCCCGGCAACAUACAGGGCAUCACGAAAUUGACGUCAACACCUUGAAUCAACUCCAUGAACAGGGAGAGGCGAUAAGUCCCAUCUUAAAAAAGAGGCUUGAUGUCUAGACGUGAAUAGUCUGUCUACAGACGUUUUUCCUUUUGUUUUUCGGGACCAUUUGACAGCCCACGAGUGAACCGGAGCGCAGUAACGAGCCCUAACCCCACCCCAUUGCCCUUGCGGUCAAUAAAUCAUCGCGUUUUUCAUUUUUUUUAUGCGCGCUCUAGAAUCUCCAAAGGGAAUAUAGAGGAUCUUUGAACAGUUUCAGUUAUUUCACCGACAAAAAAAGAACAAAACAAAACGAAAAACAAGUAUACAGAAAUACGCAGAAGCAAUGUGGUGAGGAAGCGCAAGCAGAAACCAUAAGGCUUAGGUCAUCCCCUUUUUGUUCGUCUAGCAUCGAAUAGGUUUCCUGGUUUUGGGUCAGUGGGUGGGGUGAAAAAAAAAUAAUCGCAGGAAAUUUGAGAAUCGGAGGCCUGAAACACCAGCAUCAUUGCAGUGGAGCCUGAAAACAACAAGACAUGGUCACCAAAUCGACAGACUCAGUCUGGCGGAAAAUUUGAUGGUCAAUAUCAUGAAAAAAAGCUCCAAAAAGGGUAAAAAAGCAAAAAGGAUACAUCACGAACGUUUUAUGCCUGGAAAUGCUGUUAUAAUGCUCAUUUUUCAGAUUAAAAGAAUUAAUUUAAGUCCAAAAAAAAAAACCUUGUCGUUUCUUUUUCGUGUUUUUUAAAAAUUCCAAAAAACUGGGUCUGUCGGACGACACUAAUCGAAGAAAAAAGGAGGAUGGCCCUUUAAUAUAGCUAUUAAGGUGGCUCGAUAUAGUUUUUCAAGGUCAAUACCUCCCAAGUUUGAACGUAAACUACGUCGCCAUAAACAAAGAUUUGGAAAAAUUGACACCACAGUUGUAUUAAAUAAAGAUGAAAAUUUGUUAUGAUCAGGGUUGCAAUGACAUCGCAGUUGUCAUAGCAACGAACUGACGCCAUUACCUAUUUUACUUGCAGCAUGAUUUCUCAGCACUGGGAACUGUUCUUCCAAAAUCGUUUACUGGAACUUUUUCUUACAACAGCCGCCUCGAUGUUCGUGAAGUUUAAGCGAAAUCUGUAAGAGCGUUAUCGAGAUAUUUUGGGAACAAGUUUUUAUGGUUAGAAAUACGGUAAAAAAUGGACAAUCUUGAUGUUCGACUGUUAUCUGUACUAAACGAAGCGCUUUUGGCAUGCAAUUUCACCUCAUAGUAGUUUCAAUCUUUUUAAAAACGUGUGUGAAAGAUCGUGGAGAUACCUCCAGCCGAUUGCUAGAAAGAAGGAUUUGAUUAGUAUGUAUCAAGGCGCUCUUGUUAGCGGUAAUGUAGACAUUUCGGUCUACUUUAACAAAUUAGCGAAUAAUUUUUAAAUCGCUCGAUAAAUUUUUUAGAAAAUUUAAGAAUCUUGAGAUUAACCGUCCUUUUAUAUGACCUCGUAGUUUCAAGAUUAUUGAUAUAUUGUAAGGCAGUAAAAUAAGGGCUUGAAUUCGCUAAUAUUUUGUCAGAAAUUUUGUGUUUACAAGUGAGAGCCUCUCAUUAUUCAGGGUUAUUGUCUCCAAGUUUCAUAUUUUCGUGCACAACAAUACCUAGUAUUUUUGCAUAUGUCAAAUGCAUUGUUAGUUACUGCUGUUCACGUGAAAAUGAAACUUUGAGACAAUACCGCCGAAUAAUAAGAGGCUCUCACGUGUAAACACAAAAUUUCUGACAAAAUGUUAGCGAAUUCAAGCCCUUAUUUUACUACCUUACAAUAUAUCAAUAACCUUGAAACUAAGAGGUCAUAUAAAAGGACGGUUUAUCUCAAGACUCUUAAAUUUAAAAAAAAAAUGAUCGAGCGGUUUAAAAAUUAUUCGCUAAUUUGUUAAAGUAGACCGAAAUGUUUACAUUACUGCUAACAAGAGCGCCUUGAUACAUACUAAUCAAAUCCUUCUUUCUAGCAAUCGGCUGAAGGUAUCUCAAUGAUCUUUCACACACGUUUUUAAAAAGAUUGAAACUACUAUGAGGUGAAAUUGCAUGUCAAAAGCGCUUCGUUUAGUACAGAUAACAGUCGAACAUCAAGAUUGUCCAUUUUUUACCGUAUUUCUAACCAUAAAAACUUGUUCCCAAAAUAUCUCGAUAACGCUCUUACAGAUUUCGCUUAAACUUCACGAACAUCGAGGCGGCUGUUGUAGGAAAAAGUUCCAGUAAACGAUUUUGGAAGAACAGUUCCCAGUGCUGAGAAAUCAUGCUGCAAGUAAAAUAGGUAAUGGCGUCAUUUCGUUGCUAUGACAACUCCGAUGUCAUUGCAACCCUGAUCAUAACAAGUUUUCAUCUUUAUCUAAUACAACUGUGGUGUCAAUUUUUCCAAAUCUUUGUUUAUGGCGACGUAGUUUACGCUCAAACGUGGGAGGUAUUGACCCUGAAAAACUGUAUCGAGCCACCUUAAGCUUCCUCAGAGUAUAAAAGUGUAAGCCUUUACAGGGCCAGGAUCGAGCGUAUACUGAGUAACUUAAUGAUUUUUGAUCAAAAUUAAAAGAAAGGCUAAGACUCUAAGCGCUGUCUGAUAACGAAACGGUAAACAAGAAGUGCUGCCUCUCAUUUAAUAGAGACGUGAAAUACUGGGUGGACCACAUCCUAAACUCCCGUGAAAACCGGAAGAAAGGAGCGCUCAGGGCUAAGGAUACUAAACAGGGACGUAGUUACUUGUACGCACGGUUCGCACGUGCGUACCCGAAAAAGUUGAGGAGAAAAAUUAAAAUGAAAUAAAUAUAACUAAAAAAGUCGGUUUCCAGAGAAGCGACGACAUCAAUUGGAGAACCGAAUCUUGGAUGAUUUAUUUAUAUAGCAAGCUUGAUGAUGUAAAGCGUGAACGAGUUGUUUUCUCCACGACCCGUCUUCGCAGUAGACGAAGUAGGGCACAAUUACGUCAAUGUGUGGUGCUUUUGUCGGUCCAAAACAAUGUGACAAAAAGCGGCAAAAAACAGUCAUUUGUAAACUAAAGUCGGAGGUCCUACAAGCUUGAUUUUUAAUAGCUGAGCUUAGCUGAAUUAAUGAUAAACGGUUGACGUCAAUGAACCCAACAAGCCGACAGAAUUAAGGAAUUUUAGGGGUUGUGUCAUUUCAUAAACAGCAAAAAUGCUUUGGCUUACAACCGUCAAAGCCAGCUUUAAUAAAGGCACCUUAAGAAAAUGUUGAGAUUUGGGGUGGAAGGGGGUGGGGGGGGAAGACGAUGUAGAAGAAGUCUGGUGUACCUCUGGAAAAAUCUUGGCUACGCCCUUACUAAAGCCCGAAAAAACAGCAGGAGUCUUGAGAAACGUCGUUAUCAUCUGUCCGGGAUCGUACUUUCAAGGAAGCGCUGAUCAAGAAUCAUUCAUGACGGAAUGAAAACGUCUCGUAGCUUCCAGCGAAGAAAAAGAGUGACAACAGUGGUAAGCGGUUGUUCUGUGAAAUGUAACGCAAUCUUUCCCGUUUGCGAUCUUUCGGUGCUUGGAUUUAAAAAACGAUGUUGUUGGUAUGUUCAAUUCUCCCGUGUGGAUACUUGAAAUUUCCAAUAUAUGGGAACAUGAAGCCAAGGUACGAACAACAAACACUCACAACAUUGUUUUGUACGCUAAAAUCUGAUUUCCUGGACGUAAAAAGUUUCCAAUUUUAAGACUUUUUACUUCGGCGGAGCGCGAAGUAAAGGAUUCGCGACGCUCAGGAAUGUAUCAAAGUUACAAUUUUUUGACAAGAUUGGGCACGCGAAGUCUGUAGGUUUUCGGUUUUAUUCGGCUAUUUGACGAAGUGAGAGCCGAAUUAGUUUGAGAUAUCUCGAGAUCACUUCGAUUUCUUUGAUUUAUUCUUUAACUUUUUCGAGGAAGAAAUAAUUAUUAUUUUGGCUUUCCCGGGGUUUGAACCGACUCACCUGUGUGACCCGUCGGAUCAGAGGAGACCAGGGCGUAAUAAGCUAGGGCGUAGAAACGGUCAUACGCGCUCUCUGGUUCAGCUGUGAUGCGGAGUAGGACUGCAACUAGUUCGCUUUCCGCUCUCGAUCCGCUGUCAGGGCAAGAAAAAUGGCGCCGUCUAGCUGGAGGUAGGUUCGGAUUUAUUGCUUUAUAUCUUUAGACCGCUGCAAUCUAUAAUUAAAUUUGAUAUUUGGCGUAUUUCUACGCGAUAUACAGAAAAUAUUUAGGUGAUAUUUUAUAGUUAGUCUUAUAAGUUAUGGUGUUUUUUCGCCUUUUAUGUUUAUGUACUGUCAAAAUGGCCUAUCGAAUAUUACAGGUUGAAGGUCGCGUUUUACCUUGCCAGUCUAAACCAAAUGAAAAUAAACGGCUACAAGAAAAAUAUGUAAUGGUUUUAUACAUUUUGUUUGUGCAUGCAAAUUUUUAGAGUGAACUUUUAUGAACCUUUAAGAUUUUUUUACUUUUGAAGUGACGACUUCAAAAUGGCGAUAGCAAGGUUUUUGUUUUGUACUUUGGCAUUUAGCUUGUUAGUAAAAUAAAAGAUUUCUGUUGUCCAAUUUAGCGAUUUUUCUUUUUAUAAUAUACAAUAAGAUGGUAAAUAGUUUUUUUUAGUUACAGAACCGCGAUCUAAGAAGGUUCCACUAUUUUGAAAGUUCUACUAGAAAAUUGCAUUCGAAUGAUCUCGUGUGACAGUCUUUAAAUGAACAACAACAAAUUCUACUUUACUGCGGUAUAAAUCUAAAGGUUAUAUUGCACAGAAACAGAAUGAAGCCUAUGGAGAAAUUUGUUUUCAAAUCCCCACAAAGAUUCCACUGUAAAAAUUAAAUCGUAGAAUGUGUUUAAUUUGUUAUUAUGAUUUGUUGCAGGACAACAGUGAGUGCCCUGUCUGAAAAGACUACUAGAACACACACUGAAAGAUAAACGAGUUCAUAAUACCGUGAAUAUGAAGAAGAACAUGAAGAGGUCUUAAUUUGAUUGCAAGUAGAAUAAAUUAAGACUGUGUAGCAUUGUAUUUUUGUCGUCAGAGGCUAAAGUGUGGUGUUGCACAAACUACAGUCAGCUCUUAGAUGGAAACUAUUGGGACUGACACAAAAUGUCUGUAUUAAUGGACAGGUGUAACUCUUAUAGAGAGUAAAAGAAAAUGACUGAAGAAUAGUAGGAACCAACUCGAUUUCCUGGAGGUGCCUUAUCUUUUGAUUGUACUACUGUAUAAUAUUUCUAGCAUUAUAUCCUCUCUCUUAAUAUCAUACAUUGUAGUUACAAUGAAACUAGGAAAGUAUUUUUUUAAUCAAGUUUGAUUAAGCCUGGCUGCAGUUAAUAAAUUUAACCAAGAAUGAAACUGAAUCAUACUGGACAUGAAGUAUACAAGUGUGCUAGGGUUGCUGGUCACACUAAAAAGUUUGUUUUUCAAUAGUUUAAUAGCUGCUAAAGGCCAUUUGUGUAUAAUUCUGUAUAAUUUUCUUGUUUGCAAUAUACUCAGUUUGAAUUUGUAUGUUAUAUAAAUGUUUUAUGUUGUAUCUGUAAGAUAUAUUUAUGUAGCAAUGUCUGGUUUCAAUGUAAGACUAGUGAAUGUUUAGUUUCUUUUAAGUUCCUUAGUAUGUCUUGCAUGGGUAGUUUUCAGGGACCAUUUCAUUACAAAAAGCUGUUAUUAUCAAACAAAAAUAUUUGCUGGGCUACUUAUUUGUGUUCUUGUGACCUCUUUCUUAUUUUUUCAAGGGCAGUGAAUUAUAUUGUUUUCACAUACUUAUUUUUCAUGCCCAUUGCACAGUAGUAUUAGUGUACAAGAUAAAAAAUAACAAUGAUUUUAUUAUAUUUUAAAUUUACCCGGACUUUAGUUUUCACAAUCUGUCCAACUGUAAUGCUCAAUAUUGCAGAUAGCUCAAUAAGGUGUUUAGAGAAGGAUACUAAUGUACACCUACAAAUCCAAACUAUGAUAAUAGUGAAAACAGAUCAUCUGGCCUUGAAACUGGGCAGCAAAAAAUAAAUGCCAUAUUAAACUGAAGUAGAGAACCGACAAUAUUAGUCUAAAAAUGAUGUCAGUGCUAUCAUCUGAGUUGUGAUGCCAUUUUCUUACCAAGUCACGCAAUUUUAAUACAGGUUACGGAGGUGGAACUGUAUUCAAUACAGAUAUUUGUUCGCGGGGGAAAAAUUGAAUAAAACAGAAAACGAACGUGAGAAAAAAUAAUUUGUUCAUUCGCUAUUGCUUGCAGCAAAUGAAUGCCCUGGGAUAAUGGCUAACGUCCGCUGGAUAAUCUCUCUGACGAUCCAGUAUAAUGUCCGCCAUCUUGUUUUGUCUCUUUGGUAGUACCCAGACCCUUGCAUCACAGCUAGAUCGCUCGACCCCGCUCGUUUCAACGCCCUAGCUUAUUACGCCCUGGAGGAGACUGUAAGUUGAGGGAUUAGCCGAUUGCGCUACUGCCACCCAGGGUAGUUCGAAAUAUGAAAAAUAGUUAUGAAAUGAUGCACUAGUUUCGGGACAAGAUUGGGCGUACACAUUCGUGACUUUUAGGCUUGUUUCGGCUAUUUCACGAAAUGAGACCAGACUACUUCGUGAUAUCUUGAGAUCACGUCGCGUUUAGUCUUUAAUUUACUCGUGGAAUAAAUAGAGGCACAAAAUUUCUCUGCUAGUGUUGAAAAACAUUUCACGAGUGAGACCUUAUUUCGAACUGUUUUAUGAUGAAUUUAAAGUUACAAAAGGCUGCACAAAGACAUUUUGUCUUUGUUGAGUGUUACGUAGUAAAAUUGUUUUCAUGCGGUGCGUGACUUUCUCGAACGUUCUCUACGUUUUUGGAUUAUUCAUGAAUAAUUAAUUAGGGCAUGUUUACAUUUCAGCAUGAGUCACCAGGUUUGCAUCCGUUACUGAAAUCAUAAAAUAUGUCGAAAAGCUACUACUAUUCGCCUGUUUAGUAUUUUCUAGAACCUUAUGUUAAACGGUAUACAAGUUCCAAGCGAGUUCUUUUGACGAACUAAGUUUUUUCCCACGAGCUGCACUGCUGUGUUUAGUCAAGUGUGGCGAAGGUCGAUUUUCAAGUUCUGUGUUUACAAGUUGGCGGAAGCCGUAAGAUAUCUGAAGUUCAAGUGAGAGUUUGUUAUUAUUGGCAGUGGCUGUUUAGUUUUACUUAAGUUCAAGUCAAGUUUGUGUUGGCGGAUACUGUGUUUUAAAGCUCUGUAAAGGCUAAGUUUCUUUGGUAUUAAACUUGCUUGAGUUAAUCUGACAUCCCUGCGUGCUGAUAGUCAGUGAAUAAAUAUCCUCAAAACAUUCGAACUCGUAACAUUGAGUUUUAGCCAAUUCCAUACUCAAUGCAAUUGACUCCUUGCCCAUGCCUUACAUAUCUUUAAUCAGUACAUGAGACUGCUAUGCUGUCUUUGAAGCCUGAUGUGACUAAGAAAUAUAGAGAAUUCUUUUUUUCACUGUUUGGUUUGUUAGACUUGUUAUUCACCGCCAGUAACCUCAUAUUUGACCGAGGUCUAAACGUUUAGACCCAAGUCAAAUUUAGAAGGAUUUGUAUGGAGUCAUCAGAGCAUAACUGGGCUAGUAUUUCCGAGACAAUUAAUUUUGUCCCGAAAUGCUAGUUUUUGGCAAGUAGGCCUCUUGGAUGUUGCUCUUUUCAGAGUAUCCCGACAAAUCCCAUAAUUUCACAAAUUAACACCUUACUCUUACCAUAUUUCAUUUCUUACUAUUCCUCCGCAUUUACAAUUGAUCAUUUCCACAACCACGACGCUGAAGUGUACGCUCCGUAGCGUCUUAUUUAAUUAGUGCUUUGUCCUUUGACAACGUGCACUUGGCAGGAGUUGACAGCUCAAAUCUGCCUUUCCUGUUAGCAAACGGUUUUAAACUAUAUCCGAUUGCUGGAUAAACACGUCUUGGCUUAUGAAAGCUGAUAACAUCAAACCACUGUUGCUCAAACUGAUUUCUUGCAGUAUUUUUCCAAGUUUUUAGCUUCGGCCCGUUGAGCGAGGAAAGUUCAAAUUUCAGAGAAAAACUACUUGUAUUUUUUGGCCUGAAAAAUUUUCUUUAAAGAUGCUCAUAGUUUUGAAAACAGAUUUUGAAAGAAGAGAUAAAGCUCUUUAACGUGGUAUAAGACUCUUUACAGAAAUCGAGGUACCAGUCGACGAUUUUGGGCUUUAAAUUUGCCAUUUUUUCAUCCAACGGAAACGUUCAAAAUAUUGAAAAUAUUGAAAAAUCUCCAAAAUAUUACAUUUUCGUUCAAACUGAGUAAAUCACCAUUUAAAAUGUGUAUAAUUAUGUACUUUUCUGAAUAAGUUAAUUGUUGUUUGCAUUACAAUUGAUUUGAUUUUUAAAACGAUUUCUUCGUGACACACCGUCUCGGGCCUGUAAAACCCGGUCGGAGAGCCGCGAAACCAAUAACCCCCCGUACAUCUAAUAUAAUCAUCGGAUCGAAGUAAAAAUUACAUUUGUGUUAACGGCUUACCUAGUGCUACUUUGUGAAUUUUUUUGAGAAUUUUGCAGACCCUGGUCGAUAUUUAGUGACAUCCGCUCUUAAGGUCGAGGGAAAUGUAACUGGAGCUUAUAAGAUAACGUUUACCCUUUAUUCCGAGAUUCAGUCAGUUAAAUUUUGAUAACAUACAGUUAUGAUUUGAACCAGGAACGUAGAGUUAACAAGAUCGAUACAAUCAUGACAAAAUUUAAUCCUUGGUUUAUAGCGUUGAUCGAGCUUUCAGCCGUAAACGGGCUCAUAGUAAGAUUCGUGCUGUUUUUCAGGCUUUGUCAUAAAUUUAGCCGUCUGUUCCGUGUCGUCGGGUGCGGCUGUCUCAUUCUGGUUAGUUUAGUCUCUUUUCCCUUUUCGUAGGUUUUUAGAGACCAAGAUUCCGCAUCAUUGUCAUCAUCUUGCCAUCAGAGUCAGCAAGUAGCGGACAGCAUUCUGCGUUACUUUUCUGGUUUUGAAGCCUUCCAAUUGCCUCCACCUACGGUUCAAGAGGACAUAAUGACAACCCUCAACGAAAAUAGGAGUCAAGUACGACCUCAAUUCUUAACUAAAGUGGAUGAAUUUAAGACCCUGCUUAAGUCUAUUCUGCUUCCAAAACGCAGCUGCUUUGAUGGACAGCUGGUGACUGGAGAAGGUAACAAGUCUUAAAAGUGCUUCUGUUCUUUAAUUUAUACUAAUAACAAUGCGUUAUUCUAACGUUUGAUAACCUGAUGGGCUACUUUUUCAUUUGAUAUUUUUUCUACAUAAAAGUGAGUUUAUUGUCAACUAAUUAGACAAUGAAAUACAAAUGACAGAGAAUGUCCAUCCGCCACUUUAAAAAAUAGCAUGAUAAUCUUUUGGUCAACCCCCUCCCCCCUCUUCCGACGUUUUGUAUAACCAUUGUUUUCAGUUUCUCUUGGAACGAUUCUAAGUCCUAGGAGACUGGUCUUGAUGGGUAAUUUCGGAGCGUUUACUUUGUAUCGGAGCAAAAGCUGCAGCCACGUUGAUCUUGGAGAAGUCCUUAGAGCUAGAUCAACACAUAUCGGAUAGGUUUCUGUACCAGUCCGUUUGUGGCAAUGUGAAAAGGUGUGCAUACCCGCGGCCGCGGCCGAAGUAUUUUCCAUAUCGACAUGAUAACUUACACAUAAGCUAUCCGCUGUAAUGUAGAAUACCCUUUAUAGUGCGAGAUGUUCAAAUUGUGAUUUGUGCGUCACGUACUGCUGCAUUUUCCUCAUCAGGAAAGAUUUGAAAUUGUCGUCAGUUGUUUUCCUGUAAUCGUUUUAUCUAAGUAGAAAAUAACAAAACAUAGAAAAAGAUAAACUGAAGAGAGAAAUUUCACUAAAUAAUAACAGGACUUGCUGCUUUGACCACUCUGUACGUGGAAGCCAUUAACACUCCUGGUUCUGUUCCAAACGUCCAGUCCGCAUGGGAGACGUUCGUGGAAACAAAAUGUAUCAACGCCAGAAAUGUAGCUCUGGAUAUUUACAACACUCGUUUGUGGGAGGUUCUGUCCAGUAAGCAUCCGUGCGACAAUGAUGAAAUUCGCAAGGUACAUAGUGAUUCGCUAGAAGAGUGUCAACGACAGUUUAUGGUCGAAACCACCGGCAUAUCCACAAUAACAACUGAAAAGUAUUUACGGUUGCUAAAGGUAAGGUUUUAAUUUACUUUUUGUUAUCUUUAAGGAAUGCGAUUGGAUGGAAGAAACGAAAAUAUAAUGAUGAUUAUAAUGAUAUUGACAAUAAUGACGAUGAUGUUAAAAAUGUUUGUAAUGAUUAUGAUGAUGCUGAUGAUGAUCAUGAUGAUCAGAGUGAUAAUGAUGAUGAUGAUGAUGACUUCGAUGAUGAUGAUAAGUGAAUAGAGUUGCUUAAUAGUAAGUCUGCUAACAUGCUUGUUCUAGUUACUACAUAAGAGCAAUAACAUCAGGCCUACAUAACGUACUUUUCUGGGUUGAAUUUCAUCUAGAAUGUUGUAAUUUACCCUCAUAUUUUCUUGCCUUCCAGAAGGUAGUUGCUUUUUGUUAAUGUUCUGCUUAUAAUUUCGUAUGAUUUCUCCUCUGUUGUUGUUUCUUCUCUCGCGGUUUUUCUGACUGGACUCACUCAGAAAAAAAGAGGGACUGCUUCGUUUGUCGCAUGCCUUGCGACAAUCGAAGCAGUUUCUCUUUUCACAUCCCCUGAUACUCACCACUCACAGCCUAAAAAAUUAAACGUUCAAAAAAACUUUUACGCAAGAACAAGGUGAGGUAUGAAUUUUCUUUCAAGAAGGAUGUUUUGAGUUAGCAUUUGAAAAGAUAUUGGAGUGGAUGAUGUAGAAAUGACGACAGCCGUUAGCCUGAUUAUGCUUGGCUUUCUUCACAUCUAAUGACCUUCAACGGUUUCGUUUUUUCUUUUCUUUUACUUUUUCUUGAAGAUGGAAAUGGUAAUCACCAGGCUAGAGAAAGAGAUGGUACAAUGUCUACACACAUUGAUGCACAGUGAGCUGGAAGCACAGCGAGUUCAAAUGCAAAAUAUGAUGGCAGCAAAUAUGAAACAAGCCGAGCAAGAAAGAGAGGCCUUCGUCAAGGUCAGCCAAACCUUAGAGGAGUGCUUUCUGGAAGUGCAAAGAUCGAUCGAAGAAAACAUGAAACUGACAAAAAAUAAGACCGCUUUGAUUGCAAGGCAACAUAAAGAGGAGGUUCUUAGAGAAAAUGCCAAGGAACUACCCAGGGAUAAAAUGGAAGGCUUGUUCAAUAAAAUGAGUGAAAGACACAUGGAUGAGGUCAGCGCGUUGCUUAAAGAAACAGAUGGCCAGUUUGAGGGAGCCAAACCAGUGACGAAGGGGACGAAAGUACAUGCCACAAACAUUUGGACGUUUUUGGACGAAGUGCCAGAGGUGAUUAAAUUGAGAUCAGAGGCUGUGGAAGAUCUGCAGAAAAAGAUAACCGAGACUCAUCAGGAACAAUAAAAAGUCGUGACAUCAAGUUACAUAAAGAACGGAUUAAAAGUUAUUGCGCGAACAGCAAUACCAAUUGGUCAAAUUAUUUCUAUUGUUCAACCAGAAACAGCACCAUUCGCUGUGCCAGCAAGUGCUGCUAUUCGUAUUGCCGCUGAAACAUUGUCUAAUGAAUGCAGUAUUAUGUGAAGUUUUAUAGGAAGCCAAAGUAUUUCUAGCUUUAUUAAUUGUGUUACCAACAUGUAUUCUAUCUCUGAAAAGGAUGCAACUUACUCGAUCAACGAACUCGAAAAAGUGCGAAAGUAAGAUAUAAGUGAAAAGAAGAAAUUUUUUCAAUCCAAAAACAAGUGCUAUACAUGAUUUGUCUGUAAAUAGAAAUUAGCGUAGUUGCCUAAAGGUAUGAAAAUUACAAAUCAAUCGAAGGAUAAUCGGAUCCUGUUAUUUUUAUUUAUUUAUUUUUUUUUUUCUCAUUCAAAUGACAUGGCUUGCCUCUUAAAGGCUAAAUCACUCCUCAAUUAAGAGGAAACAAAAACGUCUCGGAACAAGAGGUACAUACAUUUAGCCGAAUAUUUGAAAACGUGCUUCAAAACGGCCCAGAAUAAUCGCACAAGGAGCGUGGUAUGGUAUGGUAUGCUGGGGGGGUCCGCCUGGCAAUAUGACGUCACGUCUCGCGUCAGUGACUUUCAAAAUGGCGAGCAAAGUGUUCAUUGAAGAGACAGAUAAAAAUUUCAAAUUUAUCACGGAAUUAUACUGUUCCGAUUUCUUGGAUUUGGGGAUUUUAAGAUCCUUAUUUGUCAUAGGAAUCUAGACAUUGGUCCGUUAUUGGAAGGUAACGUCCAGUGGUGUAAUGAAUUUUAAAAGAUUCCUUUCUAUUCGUCGAGCAAAUUUUACGGGCAAGCAUACCUACCGGUCACGCUAGCUGUAGCGUUGAAAGAGGAUGCUAAAAAUGACAGGUAUUUGUGAGAGACUCUGAGCAUUGAAUCUUUUUGCUUUAUCGCAUUUUAAUACUGUACUGGGCAUACACCUGUG